UACAAGGAGAGAGAGAGAGAGAGAGAAGUACACGGAAUAAGAAAUAAGGCCGCUGCUCGGCGUGUUCCUUUACUUCCCUCCGUCUUUCUUCGUGGCGAGAAUAAUCAGCCUCUGGCCUUCUGCGCUAACGGACGGUAGACUCGAGUGAGCAGGUCCACGGAGAGGUGAAUCAAAUCAAGCUGAGUGGAACAAUUAUUCGUAGACAGCACUCUUGUCGCUCAGACCCCCCUCCCCAAGAUACUCUGUGGGUCAGAUCGGUUUGCUUGUGGUUGGACGCUCUUCAAGUACACAUGGGAUCACCUUGAAGCUAACAACAAGUCCAUUUGAGAAGUCAAUAUCCUCAUCGAGGAUCCAAAAGUGUUCCAGAAACAACGAGAGGAAGAGAAAGAAUCAGGUUCCUCUCUUUCAAGAUCUCCUUUUGACGGUUUUGUGUGAUUUCGUGGAUCGAGAAUAAACGACUGGACUUUCCACCUGCCCAUUGGUGGUUGUUCUUUCAAGUCCCCAAAACCAAUCGUCCCAAUUCGGAAUCGGAAGAAGAGCCGGUUAGCCGGAAGGAACUUUGAGGAUAUGGGCAGUGAUUUGGAACACAUGGGUGGGACCCCUCGGAUUGGGGCCUUGCGUGGCUGAAAAUCCAUCCCCAAAGCAAGGACGAGGACGUCGACAAGGAGGACCACUCAUUUUGCAACGUUGAAUGUGGUGUCGCAUGACCAUCUCGUGAACGGCUCCAAAGAAGACAUAUCUCGUAACCCUCCCCCCCCCCCCCUUCCCUCCCCGUUCGUCCUUGCAGCCUCCACUGUCCAUCCCUCCAUCUUGCCCAUCCUCUUGUUCUUCCUCCUCCUCAACGGCCACGAGGAUCGAGACACAGCCAAGUCAAGGAAGGAAGGAAGGAAGGAAGGAACAGAAUCUUUCUCUGUCCUCCUAUCUAUCUGUCUGUGUGUGUCUCUUCUCGAAUCCCUUGAUCUAGCCAGCUAUGGCGGGCUCGUUGGCGGUCUUUGUGAAAUCAGUCGUGGAGAAUAGUACGGACAGGGAAAAAGUGUGGUCCAUUCUUGAGAAAAUGAAUGUGUCCGCGGAGGAAUUCCAACUGAUCUACCCGAAUCAAACCCUGCUGACCACUGUGGCCUCGUCAGAAGACUUGAAUACCACCACCACCACCACCAUCGCGGUGGCCAAGAUGUGUGACCUCGAGCACUUUGCCCAAGGCUACAAAGACAUCCAUGGCUACCUGAGUCUCGUGGUGUGUCUCUUUGGGACAAUUGCCAAUAUCUUGAAUAUUGUCGUUCUCACACGAAAAGAAAUGAAUGGGUCACCCAUCAACCGAAUAUUGACAGGGAUUGCCGUGGCGGACAUGCUUGUUAUGGUGGAGUACAUCCCCUUCACGAUCCAUAUGCAUCUUUGGACCAAUGGACGGGAACCCGAGGAGCAGUACUCGUGGAAUUGGGCGGCCCUGCUCUGGUUUCAUGUCAACUUCAGUAUUGUGAUCCACGCCGUUUCCAUCUUCUUGACGCUCACGUUGGCAGUUUGGCGGUUCAUCAUGAUUAGAUUCCACACUUUGGCACCCAUCUACUGCACCAUGGAGAGGUGCAAGAUAGUCAUCCUUUGUGCUUAUGUGUUUCCCUUCUUUCUCACCAUCCCGAACUAUCUCGCCAUGACAAUCAAAACGAAUGUUCCCAAGGGCACGAAUGCCACAAAGUACUACGUCAAUUGGAGCGAAAUGGCCAAUGCCAAUGACAAGUUACUCUAUCGAGCCAAUAUCUGGCUCUACUCGUUCAUCUUGAAAUUGGUUCCAUGUAUUGUGCUGACGUUGAUCACAGGUUUUCUCAUUCGAGUCCUCUACAAGGCUGAGGAAAGGUCAGCUCGCCUCAAGAACGGAGGUAGUCACGCACCUGCGGCCGCCAACUAUCGAAGGCCCAGUGAAAUGCCUCCAUCAGCGGCGGCCAAACAUGAUCCUCAUGGAUCCGUCAGAUUGCCCAAUGGCUAUCGCGGCGGGGCCCCGACCAAGGGGCCCUCCGCGGCCACAUCCAAUCGAAAACGAAGUAUCGAUAGGACCACCCGGCUUCUGAUUGCCAUUCUUGUCUUGUUUCUCGCCACGGAAUUUCCUCAGGGCAUUCUUGGCAUGCUUUCCGCCGUGCAUGGUGUGCAAUACUUUCAUGAUUGCUACAUCCCAUUGGGCGAUGUGUGGGACGCCAUGGCUUUGAUCAACUCGGCCAUCAAUUUCAUCUUGUAUUGCAUCAUGUCCAAGCAAUUCCGACGUACCUUCGUGGAGACCUUUCAUUUGGAAUGGUGUGCCAAACUGGACUGUCCCACCGUCACGGUCCAAUCUAACUGUCCGCGACGAAAAAGAGCCUCCUCCAGACGGGACCUUACCUUUGCCAAUAAGGCCAUCAAAGAAGAGGAGGAGGACCUGGGAGAACAAGAAGAAGGUGGCGUUCAGCUUCUUCCGCGUACCGAUCAUCUCCAACCACCGGCUUCGUCGACGAUCGCGCCCGCUCAAAGUGCGCAAAAUGACGACGUAAAAAUCAAAAUGAAUGAAAUUGUAAAAGAGGAGACGACGACCAAUGCCAAGCCGGUGUGUGAAACUGAUCCUACAAAGAAAUCGAACUUGCGGGAAAAUAACUCGACCACUACAACGAAGUGCUGAUGAGGAUCGAGCCCUUCCACGAAACACGGUGUGUUCCCUCCCUCUCUCUCUCUCUCUCUCUCUCAAUAUCUGGAUGAGUCGUCUCGAUCUCCGUACAAUAAGGGCACACUCGCUUGGUCGGUCGAAGGUGGUACUGAACCACAAUAUGAGUGAGCCACCAGGCCAUCAGUGGCUCUCAAUCGAAAGAGCAUACACAUACAUACACACGCACACACAUGUAUGUACAUUGUCGACAAAAACCCCUGACCAUCUGUCUCGAUGGAUGUGGGUGCUUGUAGGAGAAGGUCUUAGAGCGAUGAUUGGCACCCGUGUCUGAGGUUGAAAUAUUUUCACAAGAUUCCAAUUAGGAUGAGAUGGACCAAUGUCAAUAUCCAGAGGGACAAACGACAAAUCAUGUAACACGACGCUCAAGCCUGUCCAAUCAUGGCGGAUCCCACUCCAUGUUUGUUACGGGUCAUUCGUGGCACAUCCAAUGGGCAGACAACUCAUCAACCACAUACACCCGUAUAUUCAUCCACUCACACGCACCUCAAAAGAAGUAUGAAAGUGAAGGCUAUUAUUAUGCCUGGCCACACGACGUUUCUGUAUGGCAUCAUCCUCAUCAUUGUAGAGCAUGAUUAAUAUAUCUCCUCCCUCACCCACCAAUGCCCACCAAUGCCCAACGACGCCAUUGUGAAACCACUGAACGGGUGUACUAGUAAUCCCGCUAAUGGCCCAAGACAAACACAAUUCCCUUCAGUUACCCGCAGCAGGUUUUCAAACGCGACCAUCUUUCAAUGUCGAUGUUGGGCUGUUUCCCGAUUUCAAAACCCUGUCUUUGUCCACUGGCACACAAUUGAAACACGCCAGACGAGAAACGAUACGAUUGAGCUGGCUCGUAAUGUCACUCCGAGUAUUGAACACAACCGCGACCAAGACCACGACCACCAUUGUAUACACGUGACCGCAGGGACGAGGGGGAAACAAGCGUGAAGAAAAAUGAAAAGCUGUCAAGCUGGAUCUGUUUUGUAUCCCACCAUUUCUAGUAUUACUAUAGGAGGACGUGGCCAAGGUAACCAAAGAGUUGCAUCAUCGAGCACCGAUAGGUUAUCAAAUGUGUUCUGCAUUCAGCUCAGACUCGCACUUUUCGUUAUGACAAGAGAGUACAUUCAAGAACGAAUAAUGCUCGGUUGACUGAAGCUAUCAAGUUGGAAUGGAACUAUGCCCAAAUAUGAAACUUAUUCCAAAGAGGCCUGACGUGAUCGAGGUUGUCAUUCCAAUUUGCCGCCAUGCAAGGCCCUAAAAAAGACUCUCCUUCCUGAAGGAAAAGGACCGCCAAACUUGACACAUAAGGGAAUAAACCCUGAGUGAGAUUUUCUCAUUCGAAGUAAUUAUGAUUUAUAAAAAGGCAUUUGAAGUCACGAGCAUUUAUUCCGAAUUACUAUUGAUUGAAAGACUACAUUAGAAACGGGAUCAACCACAGACAUGAACACCGAAAUGCAAUAUCCAACGAGUCACUCAUUCAAAUCUUUUCAUUUUUUUUCUGUUGAUCGAAUGACAAUCCAAUCACUUCAAUUUGUACCUUAAACAGGCUGAACAAACAACAAUGCCAUUUCUUGGUUUGGCAUUGCGAAACAAGAGAUCCCUCUCACGGAACAAUUUGAAAAUGUGCCUCAUGACUUGACGGAAAAGAUCCAUUUCUCGUUUAUGCCAUGCACAAAAAUCUGAACCGAGUGUGGUGGGAGUGGUUUUGUGUCGAAUGUACGUACGUUUCCAACUCAGAUGGAAGAUAAGAGUGAAUCUGAAGUUAGUUAUGCAUUGAAGAGAAAAUGUGACAAGUCGUCGUUCUGGGUCUUCUCGGAUUUGUCUGGCUGUCGUAACUCGGUUUACGAGAGUAAAUGCCAUAUAUUUCAUUCCCACAUGUCUAAACAGACCAAACUUGAGAUGCAUUUUUCUACAAGGAAAAGGAAGAUUCUCUUAUUUUUCCCGCUUCUACUAGUAGAUGAGGUCAACCCUUCAAAGACACUCUAUUGAAAACUAAUCCUGCAUUGCAAGUUCGGACCAAUUACGAGACCAUUUUUUGAGACCUAACACAUGUUUAUCAUUAUAAACAUAUACUCAUAAAAUAUGUAAAUAUUGCCACGCCACAAAGGAAACGGCCGCUACUUUUCAGAUAGUAUUGCUGUGUUUUAGUUCUCUCUAGUAUUAAAUACAAACUGCAUUUGAAUGUGUCGUCGUAACAGCUCUUUGAACAAGCGAACAUGCCAUGUUGUCAAAUUUCUAGGUAAGCCCAUGGUCUCUUCAAAAAAUAGAAGUAAAACCAUGAGUAACUUGUCCAGAAGUUGCACUCGACAGGAAUGCAAAGACUCAAAUGUUAUCAUCCUAUUGUUGCAAAUUACUGUGAAAAUGCUCUUUUAUUGACAGAAUAUGACUCGACCUAUUUAUGUAGAAUAUGUGAUUUAUAUUUUUCGAGAGGAUUAUUUCCCCUCCAACGUGUUGGUAUGUGAUGAAAAUAAUAACAAUGUUAAGUCAACGUCAUGUCAAUGCAACUUUGAAAUAAAGCUUGAAGCCAUUGCGCAAA